UCCUGCAGGAACAAUAAUUAGACUCCUGCUAAAGUAAAAGAACAAUAAGUUCAGUUUCGUCAUCAUGGCUUCCAAAUGCAUCUUGAAGGAGCUUAAGGAUUUGCAAAAGGAUCUUCCCACUUCUUGCAGCGCCGGUCUUGUGGCUGAGGACAUGUUUCAUUGGCAAGCAACGACUAUGGGACCCCCUGAUAGCCCAUAUGCAGGAGGUGUAUUCCUUGUUACCAUUCAUUUCCCUCCUGACUAUCCUUUCAAACCACCUAAGGUUGCAUUUAGGACUAAGGUCUUCUACCCGAAUAUCAAUAGCAAUGGAAGCAUUUGUCUUGAUAUCCUCAAAGAAAAAUGGAGUCCAACCCUUACUAUCUCUAAGGUUCGACUUUGUUAUCUUGCAGGAACAAUAAUUAGAUCCCUGACACGUAUAUUGCGCCAUAUGGCUUCUGAGUUGAAUUUGGAUAUGCGGAGUGAUGGAUUUGUGAAGGUUCAUGAUCUUUUAGAGCUAAACUUGAAGACAUUUGCUAAUAUUCCCUUGAGCUCACAUAUUGUUGAUGAGAUUAAGGAGGCUGUUAGAAAGGAUAAUAAGCAGCGUUUUAGCCUCUUGGAAGAAAAUGAGGAACUUUUGAUACGUGCAAACCAAGGCCACUCAACAACGGCAACUAUCCUCGUUUAUCUUGCAUAG